CUUCCGUGCACUUUCUCUCAAAUCAACUUUCUCUCGCUCUCCAAAAAAUGGUGAGACUGAGCGAAGAGCUGCACCAUCCCGGACCUCUCCCGGUGUGGGGUGUGAUGACGUAGUGCCAGUAUGAGAUAUAAUGGAGAAGCUUUGGACCAGCCUGUCGGAGGUGUCUUGGAGCUCCGUGUCGGUUCCGUUAGAUGCUGUGGUCAGUAAGGUCCGCUUGCCCUGUCUGGUCCGCCUGGCGCCUGGGGAGUGUGUAGAUGGUCUGUGUGAGGAUGAUAUGGUGGUGCUCCACUCGUGUCGUCAGUGGACCACCGUCACUGCUCUCUCUCUGGAAGAAGGACACUACGUCAUCGGACCCAAGAUAGACAUUCCUCUACAGUACCAGGGUAGGUUCCGUCUGAUAGAUGAAGACAGAGACGUUAGGGACCCCAUCCAGUAUUUCUCCUCGGUGGAGGAAGUGGCCGGAAUGUUCCCUGACCGUGUCUUCGCCAUGGAAACUAUCAGCUUCACUGUCAAGGUUCUGUCAGGGGAGUUCAGUGAGGACAGUGAGUCGUACAGUGUGGUGCUGCAGCCUGGUGAUGAGCUGUCACUCACGGGAAAGGCAGAGUUUCUCACAGCCACGCCCACCACGGAGAAGACUGGACUGAGCGCGCUCCUGAGACGCCUGGGGAAGACCCCCCGCAGUAAAACUCCAUGUUUGGUGUGUAUGAACCAUCGGACCAAUCAGAGCAUCUCUCUGCCCUUCGCCUGCCGAGGACGGUUCUGCACGCGCUCCCCUCUGGAGCAGGGCAUGCUGGGAGCUGACCACACGGUGCGCAGCAUCAUCGAAAGGGUCCGACUUCCUGUUAAUGUUACCGUGCCGACCAGACCACCACGGAACCCCUACGACCGCCACGUGGUGAGAGAGGGGCAUCGCUACAAGCUGUUGAACAUUGUCAGUAAGACAGUGGUGUUGUGUCUUGUCCUACGGCCAAUACAACUGGUUCCCUCCCACUUCCUGUUGCUACGCUGCAUGCCGCGCUUCUCUGUGGCUACGCCCUCGGCAACUACAGACAGUCUGUUGCUACGGCAGCAUGCCAGCUUCGACCCUGAUGGGUACAGCCGAGCCGUCCGUGAGACGCGUCCAGAACUCAGCGAGGAGAGAGUGUGUGUGAGCGAGGACGGUGUGUGUGUGAGCCCGCGAAGGGGAGGUGUGUGUGUGUCAGCGCAGGACUCUCAGCUGCUGUCCGUGUGUGUGUUCGCUGGGGGCGGAGUUACAGACAACAUCAGCCAAUCGCAACGCUGCAGAGACUCUCUAGGGGAGGGGACAGAGUACCUCUCUCCCAAUUGGACAGAGGCUGAGCUGCAGACCAGUGAAGAGAUCCCCUACGAGGAACUGUGGACCAAUCAGACUGCAGAGGGCCUGGGGAAGGCAGAGCCAAACCGCAUCUCUGUCCAUUCCUCUUCCUCUUUGGAUGGAUUGCUGGGGACUGCCCGCCUCGCCAUGGUGACAAGAGUAUCAACCCCACCCCCUGUACCUCCAAAAUCAGACGCAGUGAGAGAAGAGUGCAGGUUCCUGAUCGCUCCUCCAGUUCCUCCUCGAUGCUGUAAAGGAGACUCCUCCCCUUCCUGUCCAAGCCCCACCCCCAGUCCACCGGUCCCGCCCCGCUUCCCUCAGACACAUCUCUCCUAUUACUCUUCUGGACCACCCAACAGUUGUUCUGUCUCUCCUCCAGACUCGUCUAUCUACUGUUAUCCAUGUUCCUGGACUGACCCCUCCCACAUCAGCCCUGAGCCAAUCCCUGCUCUCCCUGCUGACAGCUUGGCCAAUCCCCAGCCAGCGCAGGCCACCUGGGUGGAGCCGUGGAGCUAUAAUUCCUCCUCCUUCUCCCGGCUGAGGCUUCCGCCCCCUCAGAGUCGAUUCGCUCCCUUCGGAGCACUUAACCCCUUUAACCGCCCUAGUCCCUCCCCCUGCCCUUCCCCAGAGCCUAUACCAGCCAAUCAGACAGCAGAGCUCUCCAGAGGCGCUGAGGGAGGCGGGACAUGCGAGGGGUCGACUCCGCCUAGUGACCCUGCCUGGCGCCCGCCCACUGACCUGUCUGCCCUCUCAUUGGAGGAGGUGUCUGCCAGUCUGAGGUUCAUUGGCCUAUCAGAGGCAGCGGUGGGCGUGUUCCAGAGAGAGCGCGUUGACGGGAGCCUCCUGGUUCAGCUCGACGAGGAGACCCUGUCACAUGACUUCCAUCUCAGCCGAUUGCACGUCACCAAGAUCACACAGUUCAUACAGGGCUGGAGGCCCAAGAUUUAACACCUAUUGUGACACUGUCACAAGGUGUUUAUCACAACAUUGGAGGCUGCUGAUUGGAGGACGGCUCAUAAAAAUGGCUGGAAUGGAAACCAUGUGUUUGAUAUACUUGAUAGCAUCCCACUCCAGCCUUUAGCACGAGCCCAUCCUCCCCGAUUACGGUGCCACCAACCUACUGUGCGAUCUACGUAAAGGACGAAGGCAAGGUUUGCUAUUUUAACGAAGUACUGUAAAGCCGCUCGAGGCGAAGGUUGCCCCUAACUGAAA